AUGUCGAAAAUGGCUGCCAUCAGGAGUGCAAAUGCCGCCUUCACCGCGAGGGGUGUCAAGAAUCCCGUCGCCGUAUUCGUCGGCGGCACCAGCGGCAUCGGCAUGGCCACAAUGAAAGCCUACACCGCCGCCACCGUCUCCCCGACAAUCUACUUCAUCGGGCGCAACGCCGCAGCGGGCAGCUCCCUCACCGCCAGCCUCCAGCAGCUAAACCCCAGCGCAAAGAUCACCUUCCUGCAGUCAGACCUAACGCUGCUAAGCAACGCGCACACCGUCGCAGCCACCAUCCGCUCCCGCGAAUCCAGCGUGAACCUCCUCGUGCUCUCACCCGGGUACAUGUCGAUGUCGGGGCCCAUGCUCACAGCAGAGGGGCUGGAGAAGAAGAUGGUGAUCAACUACUACGCACGGCUGUUAUUCGCCGCGACGCUGCUGCCUUCGCUGCACCCGGGCGCGCGCGUCAUCUCCGUCUACUGCCCCAGCCACGAGGGGCCCAUAGUCGCCUCCGACAUGGGGCUGGUCGACCCGGCCAACUUCAGCAUCUUCCAGACCGCCGCCCAGGCCUCGGCGUUCACUACCGCCGCGUUCGAGCACCUCGCUGAGCUCCAUCCCGAAGUCGCCUGGAUCCAUGCCGACCCCGGCGCGGUUAUGACGGGGCUGCUCCGUGAGUUCCCUCUGUGGGCCAGGGUCGCGGCGAAGGUCGCUACGCCGUUUAGCACGUCCCAUGAGGAUUCGGGCCAGGGGUUCUUGAGGCUGGCGACGGGGGAGGGCUUCGAGAAGGGCCUCAAGCUGGUGGAUUGGACGGGCGCGGAUAGGGAUUCGAGGAGGCAAAAGACGGGGUUCAAGUGGCUGGGCGGUGGCGUUGGGUGGUGGAGUGAGGGGUUGGGGAAGCAGGUGUGGAGCCAUACGUUGGAGGUUUAUGAAAAGGUGCUCGGGAAGAAGGUCGGGAAUUGA